AUGCCAGGCUCCUGGAAAACUGAGCUGGAAGAUCCUGCCAAAGGAGACUAUUGUGUCAGGCAACUGGAAGCCACCUUGAAGUUGGGCCUGGAGAAGCCUGCUAUUCCCCACCCGACAUUUGUCCAGGGGGCCAAGACCGCCACAGAGGGCCAAGACCACCACAGAGGGCCAAGACCACCACAGGGGGCCAAGACCGCCACAGAGGGCCAAGACCACCACAGAGGGCCAAGACCACAACAGGGGGCCAAGACCACCACAGGGGGCCAGAACCACCACAGAGGGCUAAGGCCACAACAGAGGGUCAAGACCACCACAGGAGGCCAAGACCACCACAGAGGGCCAAGACCACCACAGGGGGCCAGGACCACCACAGAGGGCCAAGACCACAACAGAGGGUCAAGACCACCACAGAGGGCCAAGAGCACCACAGGGGACCAAGACCACCACAGGGGGCCAAGACCACAACAGGGGGCCAAGACCACAACAGAGGGUCAAGACCACCACAGAGGGCCAAGACCUCCACAGGAGGCCAAGACCACUACAGAGGGCCAAGACCACCACAGGGGGCCUAGACCUCCACAGGGGGCCAAGACCGCCACAGAGGGACAAGACCACCACAGAGGGCCAAGACCACAACAGGGGGCCAAGACCUCCACAGGAGGCCAAGAUCACCACAGAGGGCCAAGACCACCACAGAGGGCCAAGACCACAACAGGGGGCCAAGACCACCACAGAGAGACAAGACCACCACAGAAGGCCAAGACCACCACAGGGGCCAAGAUCACCACAGGGGGCCAAGACCACCAUAGGUGGUUUAGACCACCACAGGGGGCCAAGACCACCACAGGGUGCCAAGAACACUACAGGGGGCCAAGACCGCCACAGGUGGUUUAG